UUUUUCUGUAGUUAAAAUAAAAAAUAGAAAUAUCUCUAUUCUCUGUCAAAUCGUGGACAAUCUUUGCCUUUGUUGAUAUUGAUCGGAUUAUUUUGUUUUUCAAUAAAACUGUAGGAAUCCUAAUUUUUUUUAUAACUGGCGGAUUAGGGUGAAGUGCAAAUCCACUGAGUGAAGUUGUGACUUCUGUAGCCUUAAAAAUGGCUGAUGGAGUUCAAGUCCUUCUUAGGCGUAAUCGCCCUGGAUCUAAGACAAAGGAUUUUUGUCGGUGGCCUGAUGAGCCUUUUGAAGAAAUGGACAGCACUUUAGCUGUUCAACAGUUUAUUCAACAGACUAUAAGACGUGAUCCUGCAAACCUGGAAGCAAUUCUGAAGAUGCCUGAGGCUCAGGAUGAAGGUGUAUGGAAAUAUGAGCAUUUGAGACAAUUUUGUAUGGAGUUGAAUGGCUUAGCUGUAAGGUUACAAAGUGAAUGUAAACCUGAGACAUGCACUCAGAUGACUGCCACAGAACAAUGGAUAUUCCUAUGUGCUGCACACAAAACACCAAAGGAAUGCCCUGCUAUUGAUUAUACCCGUCACACACUUGACGGAGCUGCCUGCUUAUUGAACAGCAAUAAAUAUUUUCCAAGCAGAGUGAGUAUAAAAGAAUCUUCAGUGGCAAAGUUGGGAUCAGUGUGUAGAAGAGUCUACCGCAUCUUCUCUCAUGCAUAUUUUCAUCACCGGGCAAUAUUCGAUUCUUUUGAGAAAGAGACACAUUUGUGUAAAAGAUUUACAUAUUUUGUGACUAAAUACUCUAUUAUAUCUAAGGAGAUUUUAAUACUGCCAAAGCUAGAUGAUGAAACUCCAAUAACCCAACCAGUGGGUGAAUCAGAAGCUUAAAUCAGCAAAUAUUUUUUCCUAUUUUAACUUAAUACCAGUAUUAUGCUGUCUGAAUUAUUGUCCUUAGGACAAUAUUUUUAUGAAACAACCUUGACAUAAUAAUAAAGUUUUAUGAAAUUUUUACCUCACUUGAUGAGGUUUUAAAUAUAUUAAAAGUUCAUAAAAUCAACUUUGUGAUUAAGUAGACUUUACUAUUAAAAAGCUAACCUUGAAAUGGUAACUAGUUUGUGGAAUCUAAUUAGGUUGGCAGAAACUUCCAGAUGCUCACAUGACACGGGUUUACAUCCCUUGGCUUAGAAUAAUUUGCAAACAAAACCAUGAUAGCAAAUUAUUUUCUAUUACUGUACAAGACAAUACUUGUAUAGAAAUUCUGUCUUUUUUUCACAUUUGUAUACCCAUUGUAAUGAAUGUUAGUUAAGUAUAAUUGAACUUCAAUAAAUGGUGUUCUUACACUACUAAA